GCACUUCCAAAAGAUCACGGCCUCACCAUAGGGGACAAGGUGCUAGUAUACAGGGCGUCCCAAGAGCACUCCCGGAGUAACAAACUAGACCCGAAAUGGGUAGGCCCAUUUUACAUCCAUGAGAUCCGACCAAAGGCCGUUUACCGCUUACGUACACUAGAUGGGAAAGUCUGGAAGAAACCGAUCAACCGGCGGUUACUAAAAAAAUACAUGGAACAU